UUUUUUGUGUUAUUUAACACGUUCCACUUUCUUCUAGAAAAAGAGACUUUCAUCAUAUUUCCCAACCAACCAACAAACAGACAACGUUCUCACCGCGAUCCGAACACAGCGCUCUUUUUUUUCCUUAGACCAAUACCACAACAAAUAAGCCUUCCUUCUUACACAACACAACCCAACCCAACAGAAAAACCAUAAACCACCACCAAAUUCACAGACAGAGCUGAAAUGGCGUCGUUUGAUUCGUUCAGCAACGAGGUUGACGAGCAGAACAACCACGAGUCAUCCACCACCACCACCACGACGCGUCCUUUUGACGACGAUGGCUACAUCGGCUACGACCCUCGCCUCGCUUCUCAGCGCUACGAAGACUCCUCCGCUUUCGUCUCCUCUGAUGACUACGCUGGAGAUCCACCGCCACCUCCUAUUCUAUCUGACGAUGUUGCAACGGGUUACGAGGAGAACGACGACGUUUACGGGGUUCCCACAGCUUCCAACCCGGACUACGUCUCGCCAUUUGAGUCCGGUGCCAGUGGCGGAGACGAAGAUGGUGGUGGUGGUGGUGGUGGUGGGGUCUUCUCUUCUGAAGGCCCCAUCUUGCCACCUCCCGAGGCGAUGCGUGAGGAAGGCUCUAAGUUGCGCGAAUGGAGGCGUCAAAAUGCCAUUCAUCUUGAGGAAAAGGAGAAAAGAGAGAAGGAGAUGCGGAAUCAGAUUAUUGAAGAAGCUGAAGAGUAUAAACGAUCUUUUUAUGAGAAAAGGAAGCUGAAUUGUGAAACAAACAAGACUAACAACAGAGAAAGAGAGAAGAUUAACUUGGCUAACCAAGAGAAGUUCCACAAAGAAGCUGACAAACAUUACUGGAAAGCAAUAGCAGAGAUCAUUCCUCGCGAGGUCCCUAAUAUUGAGAGGAAGCGAGGGAAGAAAGAUGCUGAUAAGAAUCCUUCGAUUGUGGUCGUUCAGGGUCCCAAGCCAGGGAAACCCACUGAUCUUUCUAGGAUGCGGCAAAUUCUCUUUAAGCUGAAACAAAACCCUCCUCAACACAUGAUGCCUCCCCCACCUGCACCUGCCAAAGAUGGCAAGGAUGCAAAGGAAGGGAAGGAUGCCAAGAAUGGGAAAAGUAAGACACCAACUGCAGCAGAGGCUGCAGGAGGAAAUGCAUCUGCAUCACCUGCAAAAGAUGCUACCACUAAUGGUACUUCUGACCCAUCCAAACCAGAGUCAGCUGCUGUUGCUGCUGAGAGCGAUGCAGCUGCUGGAACCAAGCCAGCCCCUGCUGAGUAAUGACACGCUAUAUUCAUUUCUUCUUUCUUAGAUUGCUUCUUUUUCACAUACCAUUUGUUCUGAAGAAAUAAGCAUGACUAUCUUAUGAUCCUUUUUUGAGUCCACGAGAUGGGUUCAUGAAGAGGUUUCAUCCUUUUGAUUCAUUUUUGUUUCCCCUUCGGAUAUGGUAGGCUUUACAUGUAAUUUUUGACUCUCGCUCCACUUGUUUUGACAUCUGUAUUGUAACUAAAUAUUCACUCUUAAAUUUUUAUCUAACUUAACAACGAUGACUAUUAGUAUGCCA